CCAGCAUUCUCCUCAGCUCGGCAGCUGUUGCCAUUCCACUCAGCAGCCCCACGGACACGACGACACGAUGACUCCGUGGACACCAACAUAAAGACACACGUCACUGACAAACACACAUAUACUUAUAUAUUUUUUUGAGAGGACACAAAGUUAAAAAUCAAUGGUACAGAAAAGUAGCAUGUCCAGGACGCCUUCGACCUCGACCCAGGAGAUCCAAAUGGACAUGUUCGACCCCCAUCCUCAAUCGCAGGGCAAGUACGCCAAGAGGAAGAGCCGCUUUAAGCGCUCAGAUGGAAGCACUUCAUCUGACACCACCUCCAACAGUUUCGUCCGCCAGGGCUCGGCCGACUCCUACACGAGCCGGCCGUCGGACUCCGACGUGUCCCUGGAGGAGGACCCCGAGGCCCUGAGGAAGGAGGCGGACCGGCAGGCUCUCGCCACACUCGAAAAAGCAAAGACCAAACCUGUGGCGUUUGCGGUGCGGACUAACGUGGGCUACAACCCGGGCCCUAGUGAUGACGUUCCCGUGCAGGGCAUGGCCAUAUCCUUCGAAGCCAAAGACUUCUUGCAUAUUAAAGAGAAGUACAAUAACGACUGGUGGAUCGGGCGCCUGGUGAAGGAGGGCUGCGAGGUGGGCUUCAUCCCCAGCCCGGUCAAACUGGAGAACACCCGCCUGCUGCAGGAGCAGCGGAUGAGGCAGAACCGACUCAGCUCCAGUAAAUCCGGAGGAAGCUCCAGUCUGGAUGUUGCCACGGGAACCCGGAGGCCCACCCCGCCCGGCACAGCACACGUGGACACGUCCACGGUGGCCUUUGACGUAGACCCCCUCGACCUGGAUGCCGAGGAGCUCCCUGAGUCGCAGGGUGACCCUCGCUCCCCCAAGGGCAUGUCCGGCAGCGUGACGUCACCUCAGGCCAACACGCACCGGCUGCCCUUCUUUAAGAAGAUGGAGCACGUGCCCCCCUAUGACGUGGUCCCCUCCAUGAGACCCAUCAUCCUGGUCGGGCCGUCGCUGAAAGGCUACGAGGUGACCGACAUGAUGCAGAAGGCUCUCUUUGACUUCCUGAAACACAAGUUUGAGGGAAGGAUAUCCAUCACGCGGGUGACGGCGGACAUCUCGCUGGCCAAGCGCUCGGUCCUCAACAAUCCCAGCAAGCACACUAUCAUCGAACGCUCCAGCACUCGCUCCAGCCUGGCUGAGGUCCAGAGCGAGAUUGAGCGCAUCUUCGAGCUGGCCCGCACGCUGCAGCUGGUGGCUCUGGAUGCAGACACCAUCAACCACCCGUCUCAGCUGGCCAAGACCUCGCUGGCGCCCAUCAUAGUCUACAUCAAAAUAGCAUCACCUAAGGUUCUGCAGAGGCUCAUCAAAUCCCGAGGGAAGUCCCAAGCCAAACACCUCAAUGUGCAGAUGGUGGCGGCUGACAAGUUGGCUCAGUGCCCCCCUGAACUGUUUGACAUCAUCCUGGACGAGAACCAACUGGAAGACGCCUGCGAGCACCUGGCCGACUACCUGGAGGCCUACUGGAAGGCCACCCACCCUCCGAGCAGCAACCCGCCCAACCCCCUGCUCAACCGUACCAUGGCCACGGCGGCGCUGGCCGCCUCACCCGAGCCCGUGUCCAACCUGCAGGUACAGGUGCUCACCUCCCUGCGCAGGAACAUGGAUCUGUGGCCCGACAUGGACGGGACCGCGGCGGUGGCUGAGGGCAAAGAGGACGAACACGCCCUCUGAAGUCUGUCCAGCACUGAGACUCUGGCGGCCUGAACACAAACGAGAGGAGGAAAACAUCAAGACCUAAAUGAUGCUUAACACCAGAUCGCCCCCGUACAUGACCACCCACAGUAAAAUCUGUCCUCCAGCACUGAUAACACCUAAAUCUGGACUUCCGGAGCAACCCCGAAGGCUCAGCCACCCCUUCUUCUUGAUGUCAUCAUCUCCUGCCCUCUUUAGUUCGCUCUGUGGCCUCCUUCCUCUGCCAUUUCUUUUUUUUUUCACCCUCCUCUCCAGUUUGCCGUCCUCCCCCGUUGUUGCCAUGGCACCGCCCCUGAAAACAGCAAGUCAUGCCUGCCUCCUCCAGCAGAAGCCGCCCAGUUUGGUGGAGGCUGCCAACUAACGCCUUUUAACAGCACUUACUUUUUGAAUCAAAAACCACAAAAUCAAAGAAUGCAUUUUGAUAUUAAUCUUAAGCUUGAUUUUUUUCUUUUGUCCACAAUAAUUUAAAAAAAAAAACCUGCCUUGAUAACCACAAUAGGACUCAAGUGACGAGUGAGGAACCUGCGGCGCAUGGGCCACAUUCAAGAGCAUAAGCGCAUUAGUACAGUUCUUAAAAUAAACUUGAAAACUUGCAGUUAGUAAACAAAAUCAGUAAAGCUGCAAGCAGCAAUGAAGGGCCCUCGCAUCCCCACGCAAAUCGGUGGCACUGUCAUUAAAGAAAGGACGUGGAGCUCUUAAGGUGUCAUCUUCAUCACACACACCAAUUAUGGUCAGCAAAGGCUCCUCCCACAUCUUACGGCACUGCUUAAAAUCCUUGGGAAUUUAUCAUCACCCAUCUGUCUAGUCUCUGUGAUUUUGAUUUGGGGUCAAAGUCCCUAGAAGGAGGUUGUCAAAGUACCCCCGAUUUUCGCCCAAAAUACCGGGUCCAAACCAAAAUGUCCGACUUCCUGUUUGUUUUCAAACAUGGGUUGUUAAGACUUUUCCGUGCGUCCCGUCAUGAUGGACGUAUCCACCAAUUUUAUGCUCAUCAGUGAAACUGGGGGUGGGGGCUGAUUUUUUUCUAAAUUUAUAGGGGGUGCUACCAAGUGAAUUUUGGGGAUUUAUGUUCCAAAUCGCUGAAAUAUGAAAUUUUUCACCAGGCCUGAUGCGCAUGCAAACUUGCGAGUUUUCAUGCAUGUUGAGGCCCUCAAAAAUGCAAGGAAAUGCAGAGAACAAUAAACAUCCAUCCAUUUUUUAUACCGCUUCACAUCGCGGUUUUAAUUAUCCCUUGGUGGCCAGGCCCUAAUUUUGUGUAAAAACCUAUGCAUUCAACCCACAAAUGCUCAUAACAUAAAGUAAGAAACAUGAAAUUGAUUGUUGCAUGACGUUGUGUGGCCUUGGAGGCCAGCCCCUGGUUUAAACAGGUCUACCUGUUGUUGCCAUGAUGGCAGUUGGCCAAAGGGUGUCACUGUUGUGUUGAUUAACAACUUGGGUGUGUUUUGGUUUGCCCAGUGUCAAGACUCCCAUCAAUUACCACAACUUAACUGCUUUUGACUUUGAAUGGUGAUUUUAAGCAUGUCAAUGUGUUCAAUACUAGUGUGCACGUAUAAUGUGUUUACAUUGCCCGUGCUAACCUUACACUAACUACUCACCCAUGGUUUGUCUCUUUGCAUGGCCUCGACUUGCUGCAGGGCCCCAACUUGGUGCACAGUGAGCCCCCCAAGCGGGAAGGCACGGACAGCGGAGGGAGCGGCCCCCUACAUGACUACCACGGCGACCUGGGAGGAAAGCCUCAGCAGCAGCAGCAGCAAGCGUACCUGCGCUCCUCACGAGGCCAACUGAG